AUGGGUUCCUUCAAGAUCUUUACUGAAGCAGGGCUCAACAAUGAGGACUGCCCGAUGGCCCAGGUUUUCAGUUUUAAUAUGCGCGUGGCCGCUGAGCGUCGCUGUAGCGUCACAGACGCACAGACUCACUGCAGGAAUAACAACAUGGCGGGCAUUUCGAAAGAACAUCAGCUGUCUCUGCGAGUAUACAACACUCUUCAGAGUUUGGGUUGUCCCCUGGUGGAUGGACUGUACCUGAGGGAGGCAGAUAGCGUUCAGGAGCUCCUCUGCACUCCGUCUUUUCACAGGACUGAUAUACUCAAGUGGAUCUGCGCCAGCAUCUGUCCAUCCUUAAAGGAAAAGUUUUCCUCUAUUAAAUCAACUCCUAAUGAAGAAUCGAUUGAAGAGCUCACAAGGUUUGGUUAUGAGAUGAUGUUAUGUAAAGCUAACGACAAGGAUUUAAUCAAGGGUCUUGCACCGCCUUUACGACAGCUGGUGUUUCUAGAGCAGCUUCUAAGGGUUAUUCAAGCAGACUCCUCUCUGUGCUCUGGGCAGAACUCAUCUUCUGGAGAUGAAGGUGUAAAGAGCAAUGAUCUUCUUGAAGAACUGAUCUCUCAGGAUCAUUUACCUGACCUCUACAUGCUUCUGGAUCCAGCCUGCAAUCCAUGGCCUGCACACAUCCGUGAACAUCUGAUACGCACACAUUCGGCUCACAACAAAAUCAAUGGGAACCACAGUAAAUUCAGUGAUUUCGUAAGCAGGAGUGAUCAAGAUUCCCGACUUGUAAGUCAUGGAGAAGAAAGCUUGACGGAGGCCAUGGCACUUCUGAAGUCUACUCAAAGCACAUUAGAUGAGCUCCAUAAAGAGUGUGAGUUUCUGCAGUCACAUUCUUCAGGUUCUGCAGUGUUGUCUCCUUGUGCACUGAAACUGGCAAUCUCGGACAUGUCUCAGCUCAUGACGGCCUUCGGACACAUCUAUAACACUGAUUUUAAGGGGUACUGCCAGCGAUCCCCUCCAACCCUCAGUUCAGAGAUGACUGUGUUUCAAUCUGUACAUCAGCUCCUGCACACAUGUAAUACGGAGCUGGAGGCUGUGAAGCAGCUUUCUGAAACUUCCACGUCUCUUACACACACACUUCAACAGCUGCAGACAGACAGACGCUACUGGUCUAAAGGAGAGAAGCACACACUGCCCAAGCAGUUGGAGGAGCUGAAGAACAGAUACAUGGCUUUUCUCUCCCUGCACCAGUCAUAGUCGGAAGGACUCUCUCACAGUCAGCAGAAACCUGCAGUCUAGACCUUCAAUUGAAGUUUCAAGUGGCGAAAAGGUGUGAGGUGUAAAACCAAAAUAAAACCACUUCUCUAUAUGGCCAGAACGGUUUUAAAAACAUGUUAUUUUACAUCCCGCAAUGUCAUGCACUGCUAGACGCAAUAUGAACUAACAAAAGCAUCUACUAAUCAUGAAAUGGCUCCAUCUGAUAAGAAACUUCAUCUUUCUUUAUAAACCCCAGUGCUUUUAGUAUGUUUUCAUCUCCAAACAGUCACAGUGUAUCAGUAUUGCAUUUAUGUUAUGUUUUAAUAAAGACUCACCUUGCAUAAACUGCACUUUUUAGUUUAAAGAUAUUUUUUACAUUCAAACACGUCUGCUGAAGGAAUAAGGGGUUCCCAUCACUUCACACAUUGAUGCGAGUGACUGAUGGGAGGGUCUUUCUGUCAGUCAAAAGCACAUCUGUUGGAGAGAGCUGUAGUGUUUAAAAAAAGCUUUUCAGGUGGAGCUGAUUUUGUUUGUGAGCUUCUUGUAAACAUUUCUGUUGCUAAUCGGAGCCAGAAGCCAAUGGAGAGUCAACCACACAAUCAACAUGGAGAGACUCCUGGGGCAGGAAGUAGAGCUGGUGUGUUAAACAUGAAUGAUUACGCUAGUAAGAAGAGUGCAGCGCAGAGCAUGCUGGAUGUGGCUCUGCUGAUGGCCAACUCGUCUCAGCUGAAGACGGUGCUUCAUUCUGGAGCUCAGCAUCGCUUCUACACUACUCUUAUUGCUCUCAUCUCAAUCUCCAUCUCACUGCAGCUGAUUGUUGGACUCCUGCUCAUCUUCAUUGGUUAGUUAAGAUUUGUCAGUUUCAAACGUUCUGCUCUCAUUUCAUUGACACAAACACUGAUGUUUUCUUCAGUGAAGUCCGACCUGAAUGAUGUGAAGCAGCAGCCGAGGUUGAACACGAUGAACAAUAUGGCCACCGUUUUUGUGUUCUUUACUGUGCUUAUCAAUAUCAUCAUCACAGCAUUGGGAUUUGAGGCCGGAGGAUGAGCAGAACAAAUUAAUUAAACUUUUUCCUCCAAUUUGAGGCAAAUUGUAUACUGUUUUCACGAAUGGAAUUUUAAUUAAUAUUUGUGGACAUGUAUACUUCAGAACGGAACUGACAACUCUUUUUGUUUUAGAAACAGCAUAUGAUGUUGCACUUCCCUCACAUCACUUACAAGGACAGCUUAAGUGACUAUUUAGACACAAAUUGUAUUAUUACACUUUCACAAAACAACGAUCCAAGAACUGCUGCCAUAAUAAAACGUUUUUCUGC